GAGGAGGAGGAGGAGGAGAGAAGCUGCCAGAGAGAAAGCUGCUGCCGGAGCGACAGAGCCGGCAGAGCUCCAGCUUGAGCGCGACUCCAGACCUCCACACAGUGAUGCCCUCCCGCUGCAACUGGCCCCAACCCCAGCCGCUGCUCCCACUCCUCUCCCCAGAGACUGCCCCCUAUCUGGGCCAGCAAGACACCCUGCCCUGCGCCGGACCACUUCGGUAGAGCAAGGAGUCCGGAGCGUGACCUGCCUGCCGUUGGCCUUGGACGACGCGUGCCCAUUUCCGUCUCGAGAGCUGGAGCGGGGUAGUGGUGUGCCAUGCGGCGAGCUGAUUACUUCCUCUCGCGAGCUAAUGACCUUCUUGAGCGGGAGAGUGGGCUUCCGGCUACGUGCAGCUGAGACGCACAGAGAUCGGGCCCAGAGAGGGUGACAGCGAACCAGGCUGUGCUCAAAGAGGACUGGGCAGCUGGAAAAGGGCCUGGACAGACGUUGGACUAAACCAGUACCCGGCAACAGGGACGAGGGAAAGAGAGAACGAGAGAGAGCGCGGAACGGAGAGAAACACAGGAGGAGAGGCAGAGGGAAAGGGAGACAGAGGAGGAGAUAUCCCGAGAGAUUGUUUCGACGAUAGACUACAUUAGAGAGGAAAUGAUGGAGGAGCUUCGCUAACAGCAGCUCGCUGACCAAUAUUAUCUCUCGUACACAAACCACACAACAACGCUUUCCGGCCGACCAUCGACCAGAUAAAAAUCUCCAACUUGGAAUACACACACACACACACACACACCACACACACACACACACACACACACACACACACACACACACACACACACACACGAGUGGGGGCUCAGAGGCAAGCUGCCGGCGCUGUCCCCACUUGCUCCUUUAGGACUCCUCGACAGAGACAACAGGACAAAGGGCCAAAGUGCACAAAGCACAAGAAAGGCUUUCAUGUCAUCGACCACGUGGAUGUUACAAUGCACAGACCCUUCCAGAGCGCUGGAGCAGGAGUAGCAGUAUAUCUGUGUGCAUCUUCCAACGAACCUCUGACAGCAAAGGAAUACAGUGUGCUUGCAAUCACCAGGGACAGAUUGCAUUUGUGAGACACUAGCUAUACAAGUACACCAACAAAUCACAGGGCUACUUUUUUCCCCUUCCUAACGAGGACCUUUUUUUGGACUCUUUAUUUUUUUCUUUUGUCUUUUUCUGCUAUACUACGAGCUGGAUGGAGCAAAAAUCCUAGCAGCUCGUCUCAGCUGGCUUGUGUUGCCUGACUAAAAGGGGAUAGCGGUGGCUGAGCCCGAUCUGCCAAAACAGCUCAGACGGGAGUGGAUGGUGACAGCAGGGAGAAGCCUACACGAGCAUGGUGCGUUCUUAUGACAUCCUGUCGGGACGACUCGGGACCUGCUGCUGGCUCACAGGCUCCUGAGGAGAACUCAGUGCAGGGGGGAGGGGAGAAUGCAUACCCCUCCUGUACUGGAAUUCCAAGCCACCAUGAGCGACAUCAACAACAAUAACAACGUGACCGUCCUCGACAGUGCCGACCCUUUGGACAAGGACAUGGAUGCAGCCCUGCCCUACCCCGUCAGCUUCCAGGUGUCCCUGACCGGCUUCCUGAUGCUGGAGAUCGUGCUGGGCCUGAGCAGCAAUCUCACCGUGCUGGUGCUCUACUGCAUGAAGUCCAACCUGGUCAGCUCGGUCAGCAACAUAGUCACCAUGAACCUGCACGUGCUGGACGUGCUGGUGUGCGUGGCUUGCAUCCCGCUCACCAUUGCCGUGGUGCUGCUGCCUCUUCAGGAGGACAACACGGCACUCAUCUGCUGCUUCCACGAGGCCUGCGUGUCGUUCGCCAGCGUUGCCACGGCGGCCAACGUCUUGGCGAUCACCCUGGACAGGUACGACAUCUCAGUGCGGCCGGCGAACCGCGUGCUGACGAUGGGACGAGCUGUGGCCCUGCUGGGCUCCAUCUGGGUGUUGUCCUUCCUCAGUUUCCUGGUGCCGUUCAUGGAAGUGGGCUUCUUCAGCCAGGGCAGAGAUAGGAAGGGGAACCAGACCCUGGAGUAUGAGGACGAGGACGACUUAUGGGCCAACCACUACAACACAGACCUGGGUCUCUACUACCACUUGUUGGCCCAGAUCCCCAUCUUUUUCUUCACGGCGGUCGUCAUGCUGGUGACCUACUACAAGAUCCUGCAGGCGCUCAACAUCCGGAUCGGAACACGCUUCCACACCGCCGCCCCCAAGAAGAAACCACGUAGCAAAGGCAAGAAGGCAGCCGUUUCCAUGACGACGUCUGGGAAUGCGUCCGCAGCCCAGCCCGAGUCCACAGAUGCCUCGCAGAGCAGUGCGGCCGUACGGAACCCACCACUGGCCAUGCGCACCUCUGUGUCGGUCAUCAUCGCCUUGCGGCGCGCCGUCAAGCGCCACCGGGAGAGGCGGGAGCGGCAGCGGAGGGUCUUCCGCAUGUCGCUGCUCAUCAUCUCCACCUUCCUGCUGUGCUGGACGCCCAUCACCGUGCUCAACACGGUCAUUCUGAGUGCCGGCCCGAGCGCCAUGAUGGCCCGACUACGCCUGGGCUUCCUGGUCAUGGCCUAUGGCACCACCAUCUUUCACCCGCUGCUCUAUGCCUUCACCAGGCAGAAGUUCCAGAAGGUGCUCAAGAGCAAGAUGAAGAAGAGGGUGGUAUCGGUGGUGGAGGCAGAGCCAACGCCCAACAACGCGGUCAUCCACAACUCCUGGAUCGACCCCAAACGGAACAAAAAGGUGACCUUUGAGGAGACAGAGGUCAGACAAAAGUGUCUCUCAUCUGAGGACGUAGAGACGUAGUGUGAACCAUCAGACUCAUAUUGAACUCAUGCAAAGGUCAAUGAUACAACGCGCUGAAAAAGGGAAACCACUUAUCCAAAGCAGAUAUGUGUAUUAAAGUGUAUUAUCUGUACAGUUUCACAGCGUGGAGGAAAUAAUUUAAUACUAUUUAUUGUAAUGGUGACUAGAUAUCAUGGACAGUUCAAAGAGUGUACAGACUGCAUGUGCUUUUCGUUAUAGUGGUGAAAUGAAAUGGUGUACAUAUAGGAAUAAUGUAUAGCAGAGUACUUAUACAUUCAUGUACAGACAUAGAAAGAAAGGCCCGUGCUAUUUGUCCUGUUUAUAAUAAAUAAAACCUGAAGCAGGUUGAAAUACA